AUGGCUUUUGCUUCCGGACCAGGUUUCUACCUGAAGCCAUCAGCUUCCGGACCGGGUUUUUACCUGAAGCCGAUGGCUUUUGCUUCCGGACCAGGUUUCUACCUGAAGCCAUCAGCUUCCGGACCGGGAUUUUACCUGAAGCCGAUGACUUUUGCUUCCGGACCAGGUUUCUACCUGAAGCCAUCAGCUUCUGGACCAGGUUUCUACCUGAAGCCAUCAGCUUCCGGACCGGGUUUCUAUCUGAAGCCGAUGGCUUUUGCUUCCGGACCAGGUUUCUACCUGAAGCCAUCAGCUUCUGGACCAGGUUUCUACCUGAAGCCAUCAGCUUCCGUGCCAGGUUUCUACCUGAAGCCAUCAGCUUCUGGACCAGGUUUCUACCUGAAGCCAUCAGCUUCCGUACCAGUUUUUUUUAACCUGAAGCCAUCAGCUUCCGGUCCGGGUUUCUACCUGAAGCCGAUGGCUUUUGCUUCCGGACCAGGUUUCUACCUGAAGCCAUCAGCUUCCGGACCGGGUUUCUAUCUGAAGCCGAUGGCUUUUGCUUCCGGACCAGGUUUCUACCUGAAGCCAUCAGCUUCCGGGCCAGGUUUCUACCUGAAGCCAUUAGCUUCCGGACUGGGUUUCUACCUGAAGCCGAUGGCUUCUGAACCAGGUUUCUACCUGAAGCCAUCAGCUUCCGGGCCAGGUUUUUACCUGAAGCUAACAGCUUCUGAACCAGGUUUCUACCUGAAGCCAUCAGCUUCCGUACCAGUUUUUUAA